AUGAGAAUGUGCGCUGGUAUCUCUUUCCAUUGACGGGUUGAAAAGGGCUGACGCAUAUUUCAUUAUCAAAUCAUAUCAUACCGGUAUUCGCCUUUUCACGAACGAAGGAGCGGACGGAGAACGGAGGUUCCGGGCAAUAUUAGUAUUGGGUGGAUAUAAAAGGGCUGCAUUGGACAGUACCCCACGCGAGUCCUUUGCUUGACCUGAUGAACAGAGCGAGCGAAGGAAAUAAACUUUCUGCUAUCAUACCUUUUCACAUCCCGAGAUCAAUUCUAUAGUCCACAGGGGUGAGACAUUCCAGAGGAAACGAGGAAUCGAAGGGGUAUAAUCCGAGCUUUGCUUUCGCCUCCACCCGCCUAUGCUGCCGUACUGGGCUACAAUAUUUCAUACUACCUAAGUGCCUCGCACUCCCACACAUCAUCCAUCGUCCAAGCAUCACUCACUUCAACUCAUCCUUAUUGCACCGCAACUCGCUUUCUCUCCCACUCUGGCCUUACCUUACCUACCCACCAAUCAGCAAACGAACGACAAUGUCGCCUAUAAUCUCCAACUACCUCCGCAAAAACCUCCUCUUAACCCUUCUAUUACUCGUAUUCCUGGCGCUCCUGACGUCUUCCGAAGUUCUUGCGUCUUCCUCCUCCUCCUCCUCAUCGUCAUCACAAGGAGAGAGACUGGAGAAGAGAAUGACCUCCUCCGCAGCGUCAAUUCGCUUCCCACAAGUACUCAAUGAACCCCGAGAGCGCGGUCUUACACCUGGCUUCGUAGCCGUGGUGGUCGGUGGACUAAGUGUGGUUUUUGCGGGGUUGAUGGUUUAGACGCUGCUAUCCUGCCCUCCUGCCCUGCCCAUCAAUGCCAGUGCUGUGGGCGGGCAACGCACACAUGCCGGAACUAAUUUCGGUUUUCCCCCUGCCCCUCCUCUCACUCACUUGAGUUAUCUUUCCUUGUUCAAACUUUGGGAAAUGGUGUUUUUUUUUCUUUUUCUUGUGACAUUCUGUAUGAUUUGGUUGUUGGGUGGUGGAAUGAUUGAUUCAGGGGAAGGGGGGAAGGAAGGCGUUGGAUGGCUUGUCAUGAUUAUGAUUAUGGGUUUGAUAAUGAUUUUGGUGUUAGAAUUGG